GAUGAUGUGAAGCAACCGGUUCUUGAUUUAAAUGAUGAGCCGUUAGGGUGUUCUUUGAAAGAAGUUGAAUUUGAUAAAAAGGAAGAGAUUGAAGAAUGUAGGGAAGAUGGUGUAGUGGGUAAUAUGAAAGUUGAUGAAUUGAAUGAUGAUGAUGGGAAACAUAAGGGAUCGGUGGAGGAUAAAGUAGAUAGUAAACAAGCUAGUGUGAAGAAAGAAGUCAAGGAGGAAGGCUUAGAAUGUAAAUUGCAGUUCUCUGGCAGGGUUUUGCGAUCAAGGUCUGCAGUGAAAACCGUGAGUGUGAUCGAAGGUGAUAAGGUUGAGCAUAGGGUUGUUAAAACUGAAGAUGGAAAUAGUUCUGAGAUGAAAACAGUUGAAGUAGUUAAGGAGGGGAAUGAUCAGUCUCAUGGUGAGGUGAAGAAUGCACACGGAAAGGUGGAUGAGUUGGAAAAGCGUAAGCGUGGGAGACCACCCAAGUUUCAGGGGAAGAAUGGGUUUGAGAAGAAGACACUUAAGCGGCAAGUAGGAGAGAGUUGCCCAGAUGGUCAAGUCAGGAAGAAGCUCAAGCGUAAGCGUGGGAGACCACCCAAGGUAUUGGGCAAUGACAGGUAUGCGAAGAAAGGAUUUACUACUGAACCAAGGGAGAGGGGUCGCUUUGAUGGGGAUGUUAGUAAGGAGUCAAAGGGUAAUCGCGGUAGACCACGGAAGGUGCAGGAGAAUAGUGUGUUUGAGAAGAAAGGAAUUAAAGUGGAAGCAGAAGAGAGUGAUAAGUCUAAUGUUGGUGACAUUAAGAUGUCAAGUCAUAAUCGUGGGCAUGGCAGACCGGUAAAGGGGCAGAGGACUCAGGGGGUUGAGAAGGAAGCAGGAGAGAGUUAUGACUCUGAUGUUGAGGCAAGGAAGGCAGCAAACCACAAGCAUGAGUCACCACCCAAGAUGAAUAUCGAUGAUGGGGUUGAGAUGACAGCUGUUGAUGCAGAAAUGGGAGAAGGCGGCCACUUUGAUUGUGAGUCAAGGAUGAAGGUCAUGCGUCAGCGUGGGAGACCACCUAAAGUUCAGGGCAAUGAUGGAUCACCGGAUAAACGAGUUGAAUUGGAAAUGGAAGAGAUUGAUCAACGCAAAAGCAAGUUAAUGGAAGGUGUGAUCUGUAGGCAUGCAAAACCAGCAAAGCUGCAGGGUGGUAGUAAGGGUUUGAAGGUUAUUGAUAGGAGAAAAAGGUUGGGUGGGCUAAGAAGAGGCAGAAAGAAGUUGAGGGGUAAUUUAAAGUUUAAUACGGCUGCUAAUACUUCAUAUUCGGAGAAGAGAUUGAUUGAGAAAGAAGCAAAUCUUAAGAGGUCUGCAAAUAAGGAUAGAUUUGAUGAUAUGGAAAAGAAUGAGAGCAAGGCUUCCCUAUCAGGGGAUGAAAAGGGAGUAAAGAAAGUAGGGGAUGAAGGUGAAUUGAAAAGGUCAGAAGCAAAACAAGCUUUGAGAGAUCGAAUCGUGAAUAUGCUAAAAGCAGCAGGUUGGACAAUUGAUUACAGGCCUCGGAAUAAAAGAGAGUACAAUGAUGCAGUGUAUGUUAACCCUGAAGGAAAGACUCACUGGUCGGUUACUUUGGCCUACAAGGUGCUUAAAAACUAUUAUGAGAGUGGUGACUCUCAGACUUGCCCAAAUGGCUUUGUAUUUACUCCAAUUCCUGAAGAAGAACUUAGCAUCCUGAAAAGAAUAGUUACGAAGAAACGGGCUGGAAAAAAGAAACCAAAAGGGGAGGAUGAUGAUAUGGAGGAUGAUGAGCAAUUUAAAAAGAAAACGAACAAACGAAAAAGGAAAUGGAAGGACAAUGAGAAAAAGAAAAAACAAAAGCUACUGAAAAAGAAGCUUCAUGAAGAGGAAAACUCUGAUGGUACAAUACAAAGGGAAAACCAAAUGUCAAGCAGGAAUCGUAAGCUACAGCAGACACAAAAGAGAAAGCAAUAUGCUUUGCUGGUCCGCAACUCAAUGGAUGGAGCUGAAUCUGAUAAUGAUGGUUAUGUGCUAUAUGAAGGAAAGCGAACUCUACUUUCUUGGAUGAUUGACUCGGGCACUGUUCCACAGGAUGCGAAUGUGGAAUAUUUGAUUCAAAAAAGAACACGUACUCAUGAGAGUAAGUCCGGUAGGAUAACAAGGGAUGGCAUCCAAUGCAACUGUUGUAGUGAUGUCUUCACCAUUGCAGAAUUUGAAACUCACGUGGGGAGCAAAAGCCUUCGACCUUUUCAGAAUAUAUGUUUAGAAACAGAAGUUCCCCUGUUGCAAUGCUUAUUAGAUGCAUGGAACAAACAACAGCAUUCUGAACGUAAGGGCCUCCAUUUUGUGGAUUUUGGUGGUGAAGACCCAAAUGAUGAUACCUGUGGUAUUUGUGGGGAUGGUGGUGAUUUGAUCUGUUGCGAUGGUUGCCCAUCUACAUUCCAUCAAAGUUGCUUAGAUAUGGAAGCAUUCCCUUCAGGAAACUGGAACUGUGUUUACUGUACAUGCAAGUAUUGUGGGAUGGUUGGAAAUACACAUCAAAGGGGAAAAGACGACGAUGCAGUUCCUACAGUUCUAACAUGCCAUUUAUGUGAAGAAAAAUAUCACGAGCCAUGUAUUCAGCCAAUGGAUGCUUUUGAUGACGAUUCAAGUAGUGCAUUCUUUUGUGGGAAGAGAUGCAAAGAGUUGUUUGAGAGACUUCAAAAGCUAGUUGGGGUUAAACAUGAACUUCCAGAAGGCUUCUCAUGGACCCUUGUUCAGCGGUUUGAAAUCAGUUCAGAUCUUUGUCUCAAUGAAGCAUAUCAGAAGGUUGAAUCAAAUUCAAAACUAGCUGUUGCAUUAUCUGUGAUGGACGAGUGCUUUUUGCCUCUUGUUGACCACAGAAGUGGGAUCAAUCUGAUUCAUAAUAUUGUCUAUAAUUCUUGGUCAAACUUCACUAGGCUAAACUACAGUGGUUUUUACACUGCUAUUCUAGAGAGGGGGGAUGAGGUUAUCGCUGCGGCAUCCAUUCGGAUCCAUGGAAACCUGUUAGCUGAGAUGCCUUUCAUUGGGACGCGGUAUUCUUAUAGGCGUCAGGGGAUGUGUCGUCGUCUUCUUUGCGCGAUUGAAUCUGCCCUUAGCUCCCUGAAUGUUGAGAAAUUAGUCAUUCCUGCAGUCCCGGAACUGAGGGAAACAUGGACUUCUGUCUUUGGUUUCAAACCACUUGGAACUGCAUGCAAGCCGAAGAUGAGGAACAUGAAUAUGCUGGUCUUUCCUGGUGUAGAUAUGUUACAGAAACCUCUGCAGACAAAUGUUACGGAGGAGCCGAUAACAGGUGAUGUGUCCUAUAAAUCUGGAGAGAAGUGUUCGAUUAUGUUUGAUCUGAAUGUUUCUGAUGAGAAGAGUCUUGCACCUGAAACAUAUGAUGGAAAUGAUGAACCCACUGCUGUUGAAUCUACAAUGCCACUUCCUGAUGACACCUCGAAACAUACUUCUGAUAUAAUGGCCGAGACCAUCAAUCUUCCAGAGGCUGCUACUGUUUCUUCAUCUUGCAUUCCAGCACCUGAAGACAGGAAACUGGAAUUUGACUCGUAUAGCGUAUAUUCGGAGGGGAAAACUGAUGAAAUCAUUGUUAAACAGAGCCUUGAUUCUAAGAUAGAGAGUUCUGCCAAACACAUUGAUAAUAUCGUCCAUGCUGACAAUGAAGUUGCAGUUCACGUGUCAAGGGAUUGUGAUAAGGAAGUUGUUACCAAUGGUUUCGAUGGUACAAUUCCGAUAUCUGAGGAUGCAAAUGGCGUGGAGCAGAAUGAGCAUUCGAAAUUACUGAUGGUAGAAUGCAUUUCUGGUUUUGGCAAGUCAGUCCUCGAGUCUGAAGAAGCAAAAAUUUACCAUGCUAUUGCCGAAGAUGCGACCAAUCAAACUUCUCCAUCAUCUCCACGAAGUGCGCAACGUGCUGCAAAUGGCCAUCAUGAUGUUGCAUCCAAUGUCAGUCAAAGUAGUCCUUCCCGACGCGGAGACGAGAUGGAUGCUUCCGGAGAAGUCUCGGCUCCAAUUGAUGAAAAUUAUCAUACUGAUUGCAAUGAUGCUUCCAAAAAUGAAAAAUUGCUGCAGUGCAUGCGCAUGUCCACGGAGGUUGUCUCAGCAGGUUCCGAGGUUGCCGUUACCAUCAUUCCUGAUCAGAGAAACAUCAACUGCAACACAAUCUGAUGUAUAUCCUAAAGGUAAUAUAGUUACUAAUAUGGCGCAGUUGAAUAUACCAAACCGUCUGGAUCUUAACACAUUCUAAAUUCUAAAGUGGAUCUUCACCAUGUUUCUACCGGAGGAGUGAAUCAAACGUUAAUCCGAGGUUAUAAGUUUGUUUAACCGAUCUCCUUUUUGUUAGCGGUCUAGGUCAAGUGUCCUUUCUGAAUGGCAGAUACUAAUCAAGGUUAGUAUAGAAUUUCAGAUGGUGCAAAACGUGGAAGAAUUAACAAUUAGAGGCUGGAUGAUGGAUGCCUUUCCCAUGGCAGGCUAGCUUUGGGUAAUUCUUUUUGCUAUGUACAGGGCAACUAGCUUAAUGCCAUUUGAAGGUUUUUUGU